GGGGGCGGGGCCGGGCUUCCCGCGCCUGCGCGCGCUCCCCUCCCGCGCUUCGGCGCAUGCGCAGCGGCGGCGCCUGGAGCCGAGCGGGGUCUUUCCCCGUCUCCGGUUCCCCACGCCCCCCCCCUCCACUUUCCGUGUCCCGCCGCCACCGUCUCCGGUUCCUCUCCCGCUUCCCGGGCUCCGGCACCGCGGCCGCCGCCGAAGAACCGGAGGGAGUGGAACCGGGAUGAGCGGCAGCAGCCGGCGGGGCCCGCGGCGUCCAUGACAGGUCCUGGCCGGCGUUAGCCCCGGCGCCGCGGCCCCGCCAUGAACGAGGUGCUGGUGGUGAAGGAGGGGUGGCUGCACAAGAGAGGUGAAUACAUCAAGACGUGGCGACCCCGAUACUUCCUCCUCAAGAGCGACGGCUCCUUCAUCGGCUACAAGGAGCGGCCGGAGAGCCCGGAUCAGAGCCUGCCCCCCCUCAAUAACUUCUCCGUGGCCGAGUGCCAGCUGAUGAAGACGGAGCGCCCGCGGCCCAACACCUUCGUCAUCCGCUGCCUGCAAUGGACAACGGUCAUCGAGAGGACGUUCCAUGUGGAUACCCCGGAGGAGCGCGAGGAGUGGAUGCGAGCCAUCCAGACGGUCGCCAACAGCCUGAAGAACCAGGAGCCGGAGGUGGAUGCCAUGGAAUACAAGUGUGGAUCCACGGAUGGCCCCGGCGCCGAGGACAUGGAAGUGGCCAUCGGCAAAUCCCGCGCCAAGGCCACAAUGAACGACUUUGAUUACCUGAAGCUCCUGGGAAAAGGGACCUUUGGGAAGGUGAUCCUGGUGCGGGAAAAGGCCACCGGGCGCUAUUACGCCAUGAAGAUCCUCCGCAAGGAAGUCAUCAUCGCCAAGGACGAGGUGGCUCACACCGUGACCGAGAGCCGGGUGCUGCAGAACACCCGGCACCCCUUCCUCACCGCGCUCAAAUACGCUUUCCAGACCAACGACCGCCUCUGCUUCGUAAUGGAAUACGCCAACGGCGGCGAGCUCUUUUUCCACCUCUCGAGAGAACGUGUCUUCACCGAGGAUCGGGCCCGCUUCUACGGCGCCGAGAUCGUUUCCGCCUUGGAAUAUCUCCAUUCCCGGGAUGUGGUUUACAGGGACAUCAAGCUGGAAAACCUCAUGUUGGAUAAAGACGGCCACAUCAAAAUCACCGACUUCGGCCUCUGCAAGGAGGGCAUCAGCGAUGGAGCCACCAUGAAGACCUUCUGCGGCACCCCCGAGUACCUGGCGCCGGAGGUGCUGGAGGACAACGACUACGGGCGCGCCGUGGACUGGUGGGGCCUGGGGGUGGUGAUGUACGAGAUGAUGUGCGGCCGCCUCCCCUUCUACAACCAGGACCACGAGCGGCUCUUCGAGCUCAUCCUGAUGGAAGAGAUCCGCUUCCCGCGCACCCUGAGCCCCGAGGCCAAGGCGCUCCUGGCCGGGCUGCUCAAGAAGGACCCCAAGCAACGGCUGGGGGGGGGUCCCCGCGACGCCCAGGAGGUGAUGGAGCACCGGUUCUUCGCCCCCAUCAACUGGCAGGACGUGGUGCAGAGGAAGCUGGUGCCCCCCUUCAAGCCGCAGGUGACGUCGGAGAUCGACACCCGCUACUUCGACGACGAGUUCACGGCUCAGUCCAUCACCAUCACCCCCCCCGACCGCUCAGACGACGCUCUGGGCUCCCCAGAGAGCGACCACCGGACGCACUUCCCGCAGUUCUCCUACUCUGCCAGCAUCCGGGAAUGACGGAGCCGGAGCCGGAGCCGGGGGGGGACGACCCGGAGGGCAGGACCCCCCCAUGGGCUCCGUCAGCCCCCGCCAUGGGUCCCAUCAGCCCCCCCCCCGUGGGCUCCAUCCAGCCCCACACAUCCCGCGCUGCCGGCUCCGCCUUGAAGCCACCUGGAUCCCAAGCGGGACUCGACAGGAAUCCAAGUGGAUCCCAACUGAAGCGCAACCGGAUCCCAGGUGAAACUCAACCGGAUCCCAACUGGAAUCCAUCGAGGACUCAACUGGUUCCCAACUGGAUCUCAACCAGAUCCUGACCGGAUCCCAACCAGGACUCAACCACAUCCCAACCGGAUCCCAGCUGGAUCUCAACUGGGAUUCAACCGGUACCCAGCCAGGACUCAACUGCAUCCCAACCGGAUCCCAAACCGGAUCCCAACCAGGACUCAACUGCAUCCCAACCGGAUCCCAACUGGAUCUCAACCGGGAUUCAACCAGAUCCCAACUGGAUCCCAACUGGAUCUCAACCAGGAUUCAACCGGUACCCAACCAGGACUCGACUGCAUCCCAACUGGAUCCCAACUGGAUCUCAACCAGAUCCCAAACCGGAUCCCAACCAGGACUCAACUGCAUCCCAACCAGAUCCCAAUUGGAUCUCAACCGGGAUUCAACCACAUCCCACCCGGAUCGCAGCCGGAUCCCACCCAUGGCGCUGGGGCUGGAUGCCGGGCCCCCCCCGCACCCCACAUUUGGCUUUGCCGGUGCCUUACCCGCGGUGACGGCGUCACCGGAACCCGCUCCUGGUGCUCCCGGUGCUCCCGGCUCCGGCCCCACGGACGCUGCGGCAAACGCCGGCCCCAUGGAGGCGAAUUGACUCAAACCGGGGUGGCGCCGGGGGGGGGGGGGUGGACGGGACACAGGGGGUGUCCCCCCCCCCAAAUUUGGGGGCCCCCCCGGACGGUACGAGCAAUAAACUGGGAGAUUUUUGGA